UGGUUUUAUUUUGUUUCAGGGUGGAUAACAUAAAAUGGUUGGCACUGAGUUGAAGAAUGAAGAGAUCUCUACAAGAUAAUGAAAAAUGGGAAUUGGAGAGAACCCAUCCUUCUGUGAAACAACAAAAUACAUCUUCAUUGGUGGAAAGCAAUGCAACACCUCAAACUGAAUCAACUGAGGGAGGAGACUGCUCCAUUAGGGAAGUAGAUCAAUCUUUGCAAGUGCCUGCUUUAGCUUUUACUUCAGCAAAUUUUGUGUCUAAAGCAGUUGCAACAUCAAGUUCUUUAUUGUUAACUCCCAUUUCAUCAGGUGCAAAACUAUUUUGCAAAGCAAAUGCAGCUACGUUAAACAAAACAGCUACAGCUUCAGUAUCUACUGUAACAGCAGCAGCUAAACUGCAAGCAGCUUCUGAGAUAGUCGCUACCAAAACGGUUACUUCUGCAAUCCCUUGCACAAAAACAGUAUUUGCUUCAACAUCAUUGAUAUGCUCACCUUCAUCUACUACACUGAGUAAAUCAUUUGCUAUUAAUAAAACUAGUACACUUAUAUCUUCUUCACUGCCUAUAUUGUCAACAAGAAAUAAGAUUCUACAUAUUAUUGCUAAAACAGAAAGUAUUCCAUCAUGUACUGUGUCUAAUGUUGUGUCUGAGAUUUCAGCAUCAUCAUUGGCUACAAUAUCAUUUACUACUGCUUCCAUACCAGCUUUACCAGUGUCUACAGCUGCUACAAUUUCAUCUCUAACUGUUCCUGUUUCUAGUUCGUCUGAUCCUAUAGCAAUAAAAGCUCCUUUGUUUGCUGGAAUUAAACCAACAGUUAAUACUUCAUCACCUUCAUCUCUUUCAGCGGAUUCUCUUGUAUUACCGACAGCUACACCCUCAACCUCCAUAUCAAUUCCUACAUCUUCAACUCUCUCAUCUCAGUCUGCUAUAAAGUCAUCUGCUAUAUCAACUGUUCCAUUGUGUGUAGCUUCAUCAUCUCUUUCAGUGCCAUCAGUUGAAUCAUUAGUUAAGACUGCAUCGUCAUUAUCCACAUCUGGUAGUGUUGUGGCCUCGUUGAGUAUUAAUAGUAACUUGGCCCCAGUAUCUGCCUCUUUAUGUCCUUUGCAUCUACUGGCAUUGUCAUCAGAAUCUUCAUCUGAUUCAUCCAAUGAUUCAGUGGGUGUUGUGCCUGUGACUUAUUCAGCAAGUGGGGAAGGCUCUGUCACAUCUCUUAGCUUUACAAUGCACACCAUAAACUCCUCUAUGCCAUCAGGCCUAUCAUCGGAUAAUCCUAAUUUUAACAUACAGGGGAAUCAUUCUUCAGCUACAAGUUUGUUUACAGAUUCCCUUAGGCAUAAUACAUUGACAGUAGAUAGAUUUGCUGAGACAUCUAACUCUGUACCACACAUAGCAUCAUUGUCAUCAUUACCUACAGCUGCCUCCCAUGCUUCUAAUUUAAGACCCCCAAAUUUAAGUAAUGGACAUCUUGCAUUAGGUUCUUUGAGACCACAAAAUCAGCAGGUUGAAUUGGAAGCAUUUGAAGAAAGACUGAUUAGUGAUCAUAAUUUAACUGAAAAUUUACUUGAAGACCCAAGCUUAUCACUGCUGACAUCAGCACCUUUAACUACAGCUCAAGAUGAAGUGGAAGCUCAGGCCUUACUGAGCAGGGAUGAGGAACGUAAGCUCAAAGAGAAGUAUUUACUCCAGUCUGGUAAAGUUCCAGUUGCGGGAGUAUCAGUACCGAAGGGUCAGCUGAGACGUGCAGGACCUUACCUGCUUGGACCACGCCUAGGAUCUUCCCCAGUUCGUUCCAUUGUGCAAUGUUUGGCACGCAAAGACAAUACGG